GCCAUCACCAAUUCACCAUCAUACGCUGCUACUAGUUACAGCCUGCUGCGUCUUAUCUUACACCGUUUUGAAAAGAACCCAGAUACCGUGCUAUUAUCAAUUCGAUUAAUAUUUUCUAUCCAUUCACCCAACGUGUGAAAAUGUUUUACACUUGCGGUCCCAAUGAAGCAAUGGUGGUGUCGGGUUUCUGCCGCUCUCCACCACUCAUGAUCUCUGGUGGGAGAGUGUUUGUUUUUCCAUGCAUUCAGCAGAUACAAAGGAUCUCUUUGAACACACUGACGCUGAAUGUAAAGAGUGAUAAAGUCUACACACGUCAUGGUGUGCCCAUCUCUGUCACUGGAAUUGCACAGAUGAAGAUUCAAGGGCAGAAUAAGCAGAUGUUGGCUGCAGCAUGUCAGAUGUUUCUGGGAAAGUCAGAGGGUGAGAUUGCCCACAUUGCCUUGGAAACACUGGAGGGUCACCAGCGAGCCAUCAUUGCUCACCUGACUGUGGAGGAAAUCUACAAAGACAGAAAGAAGUUCUCCGAGCAGGUGUUCAAGGUGGCUUCUUCCGAUCUUGUCAACAUGGGCAUCAGCGUGGUCAGCUAUACGCUCAAAGACGUUCACGAUGAUCAGGACUACCUGCACUCUUUGGGAAAAGCCCGAACGGCACAAGUGCAGAAGGAUGCGCGUAUUGGGGAAGCCAUGAACAAAAGAGACGCAGUAAUCAGGGAGGCCAAUGCUAUACAGGAGAAGAUAUCUGCUCAGUACAUGAAUGAGAUUGAGAUGGCUAAGGCUCAGAGAGACUACGAGCUGAAGAAGGCUGUCUAUGACAUUGAGGUCUUCACCAAAAAAGCAGAGUCUGAAAUGGCCUAUCAGCUCCAGGUGGCAAAGACAAAGCAGAAGAUCGAGGAGGAGAAGAUGCAGGUGUUGGUGGUGGAGCGCUCGCAACAAAUCACGCUGCAAGAACAGGAGAUCACACGCAAGGAGAAAGAGCUGGAGGCCAAAGUCAAGAAACCAGCCGAGGCUGAACGAUACCGGUUGGAGAAACUGGCAGAAGCAGAGCGUCUUCAGCUAAUCAUGGAAGCAGAAGCUGAGGCCGAAUCUAUCAAAAUGAGAGGAGAGGCCGAAGCAUACGCUGUGGAGGCUAAAGGUCGUGCCGAGGCCGAGCAGAUGGCUAAGAAGGCUGAGGCCUUCCAGCACUACAAGGAAGGAGCCAUGGUGGACAUGCUGCUGGAGAAACUGCCACUGAUGGCAGAGGAGAUCAGUAAGCCUCUGUCAGCUACCAAUAAGGUCACAAUGGUUUCCAGUGGAGGUUCAGAUAUUGGCGCAGCCAAGCUGACAGGUGAAGUGCUUGACAUCAUGACCAAAUUGCCCGAAACCAUUGAGAAACUAACCGGCGUCAGCAUUUCCCAGGUGGCCCGAACUGGUUAAAGCAAUUCUCCAACAUGACAUUUCUGUACGCAUGCUUCAUUGAUCUUUCCUCUUACUCUCUUACUUUUUCCUCCAUUUUUUUCAUUUAAAUGACUCUCUCCUCUAUCUGUGACUAUUUCUAUUUCUUCUCCUUUUAUCUUUCUUGUCCUCCACACUGCAUCUUUUUGGUUUUCCCUUUCCCAUUUUUCUCUCUCGACUUCACACCUAUUGUCUGUCUCGCCAUGCUGCCGAAACCCAAAGUGCAUUUUAAUCUAAAACUCCAGGGAAGAAUGCUGUACUUUAUAUUUUUAAUGCAAUCGUAAGGAUACAGUGAAGUCCAAGGAUCUGUUGAACGCCAUUAGACACAUUUCUUUCACUUGUAGUUUUUCUUAUAGAGCACUUUUUAUUAUAGAGCAUUUCGUUGUAGUUGAGCUUUCCAUUAGUUAACAUUUUGGAAGCCAAAGUAGCAUGAAGGGAAACACAUUUAUAAGAACUGACGCUGUUGUGUCAUUUGUAUCUGUGGGUUGAAUAGCAUAUACUUUCACUUUACCUCAACAGUGUGUUUAAGCUAUAUUAGUUGGACAUAAUCAUGUAGGAUUUAUAGCAAUCAUCUGCUUCAAAUGGUACUGUGCUCUGAAACCUCAAGAUACUGCCAUCUGUGUUUAAGUGUUUUUCAAAUGAACAAUCAGAUAUCUGUGUGUUAAUCAGAAUUAUAGGUCAGUAAUUAUUCUAUUAGUAACUUAUUUAUUUCACAAAUAUGAUUGAAGGUUUUGUUGUAAAGUUUGAAGUGUUUUCAUGCAUGACUGAAGGUGUGAUUUUAUAUAUAUUUAAACAUACACACAUCUGUACUGUUUUGUCCUAAAGCAGACCAUGUUCAAAAUGAUCAUGGUCGUGUGUACUCUAGGACUAGACAAACAGGGAAACUUAUUUGGUACAUUGUUAGACAGUUGUGUUCAUUAAAUAAGUCAGAGUCUAAAUUCUUCAAAAUAGUUUCAAAGUUGUAUUUCAUAAAAAGGGGGGAAUUUUGAGUUCUAACAUAUGUUUUGUUCAUAAUUUUACAGUAUUUAAUAUUGGUCAUACUAUAUGGUUCUUUGAUUACAUCACAGAAAUUGUUAUAAAUGUUUUUUUAAAUGUUUCAUAUUGUAUUGUCAGUACAAUAUGUUGUCUUUCAUUAGAUACAUACGCACUCGUAAUUCACAAGCACUAAUUUCUCACUUAAAUGUCAUAACUACUAACAUGACAUUAAUGAUAUGUUGACAGAACAAUGUUAUGGUACUUUAUAGAUGUUGUGUGUAAUGCAAACUGAAUUAACCAUGUAUUUGUCACUUUUGUAUUUGUUUUUACAGUCUUCAUGUUUCAUGAUGUAUGACUAAUACUUUUGAUGUGGGAUGCAUCACUUGAAGGCUAAACACGAAAGCCUGUUACUGGUGGGAAGAUAUUAGUUAAGCCUAUACAGUGAUAGAUUUAGUAUGUCAGGGCAUUAGGUAGAUCUACUGUUAUGCCAUGUAGGCUAGGGCUGCUAUGUUAGUGUGAUGAAAGAAAAGCUGUAUUUGUCAGUAGAUGCGUUUUCUACUCUAUACAAUUAUGUAAACAGAUCACUUAUUUUAACUGUUGCAGUUUCAUCUGUUUCAGCAUGCAUGCAAAGACUAACAAACCAAACCACUGUAUUGUCUAUGUUUGCUUAUGAUGCCUUAAAGUAACCUCCCUACUAAAAUAAACAUUUAACUAAAUUGUUA